GCGCCAUCAUGAUGGGUCUCAAUCCAGCUUCUCCACAACGUUUCUCGCAUCCGUGUCCUGUUCGAGGGCCCUCAGGCCCCUAUCUCUUCGAUCACUGCGUCCAAUAAUGAGCACACCACCAAGUCCUGUCCGCCGCUCGACCAUGUCUUCCAUCGGACUAGCCACUCCCCCGCAGAUUGGCGAUGCAGCGCCAACGACGACGUGCAGCGCUGCCCUCGCCACUUUCCUUUCAACCUCAAAGGUCACCUUCCUCACCCAAGUCCGCGAGGCACCGGAAGACGCGAAGAAAUGGACACUCGUCACCGGAAACGAGGCUGGAGAUCUCGACUCGAUAGCCAGUGCCAUAGGCUAUGCCUGGUUCCUCUCCCAAGUCAACCAGCAACCCGCCAUCCCACUCAUCCAAAUCGCCAAAGAGGACUUUAUCCUCCGCGCAGAGAACCUCUUCGCCCUCAGCCUCGCCGGGAUCCCAGAUCCCCAAGAAUACCUCCUCUCCCCAAGCGACCUGUGCGAUUUCCACCCAGACAACUUUGCUCUAGUCGAUCAUAACCGUCUGGGGGCGCAGUACGCCGGUGGAAAAGUCGUCGGUGUCAUCGACCACCACGAGGACGAGGGGCUGUACAUGGACACCGCAGUCCCGAGGCUGAUCAAGCCAUGCGGAAGCUGCGCCUCACUCGUCGCGUCCCAGCUCCCCCCAGACCUCCCAGCCGAACUCGCCACCCUCCUCUUAUCCGCCAUCCUCAUCGAUACGGCGGGGUUGAAGCCAGGCGGGAAAGCCACGGACGACGAUCGCCUGGCAGCCGUUAACCUCGCGGUCAAAUCCACCCUCGGCAUCUCGCAUAAUCUGACGGAUGUAGGGCUGCGCGAUGUCCCUGCAAUCAAGAAUCUGUCGAAGGAGUUGGGAGAGAAGAAGAAUGAUCUGAGCCAUCUGAGCGGAUGGGAUCUGUUGAGGAGAGAUUACAAGGAGUCCACAUAUAUCCUUCCUUGGGCGGACGGCCAACCCGCGAUCAAAGUCGGACUCGCCACCGUUCCCGUUCAACUCAAGGUGUGGGGCUCAGACGGUAAACUCGAGACCGAUUCGUUGGCAUGGAUGAAGAAACGCGACCUCACCAUCCUCGGCGUCCUCACUACCUUUAGAGAAGAGAAAGACGACGGGAAGGAGAAGAAGAAAGACAAGAAGGAUAAAGACGAGGAGAAAGAGAAGAAGAAGGAUAAGGAUAAGGACAAGAAGGACAAGAAGAAGGAGAAAGACGAGGAGAAAGAGAAGAAGGAUAAGGAUAAGGACAAGAAGAAGGACAAGAAGAAGGAGAACGACGACGACGACGACGAGAAGGAGAAGAAGAAAGACAAGAAGAAGGAGAAAGACGAGGAGAAAGAGAAGAAAAAGGACAAGAAGAAAGACGACGACGAGAAGGACAAGAAGAAGGACAAGGAGAAGAAGAAAGACGAGGACGAGAAGGAGAAGGAGAAGAAGGAGAAGAAGAAGGAGAAAGGCGACGAGAAGGAAGAGAAGAAAAAAGACAAGAAGGAGGAGAAAGACGACGAGGAGAAAGACAAGAAAAAAGACAAGAAAAAAGAGAAGGAGAAAGACAAGAAGGACGACAAGGAGAAGGAGAAAGACGAAGGCAAAAAGGGCAAACACGCGCGCGAGCAGGCCUGGAUCAUCCUCGACAACGAAGGGUCAUCAGUCGACGUCAACGCGCUGGCUGCACGACUUUGGCAAGGUCUGGAGGAAGAUACAACUCUACAGCUGAAACCCCACAAGAACUUUGCCGUGGACGACGGCAAGACCGAUAAGCUACCGCCAAACUCCAAGAUUCGGGUGUACAAGCAGAAGAAUGCGGAUGCGACGCGUAAAGCGGUUGCACCGUUGGUGAAGACUAUCUUGGAGAAGCCGGAUGCCAAAUUAUGA